AUGGGUUUCUGCUUGCGACUCCUCCGCGGCCAGCUGGGCGUGGUGUCGAAAGGGGUUUGCGGCGGUCCGCAUCCACCCGGCCAGAGACUUCCAGGGUUGAUGGUCGACGCGGAAGAGAACGAGGACGUGGCAUAUGUGUAUGCCCUCGCGAGGAGGGCGGUCGUUCUCUGGCUGCAACCAGGUCCUGCUCCAGUGCAAAAUAAUGGGGCGUACGGAGUCAAGCCGCCAUCACGGGGCAGUGCCAGCGCCACUUGUACAGACUGCGAUUCGUCUGUCUCCUAUCUAUUAACGCCUCCGCCUUGGAAGGGCCAGCUGGGCGCCCGAAUCCGCUCACACGUCCAGAACAUCGCUCUGCUACGCGUCUCGGCGGACGAUGCCCGUGCUGAUCGAUGGAAGCAGGAGCACGAGCAGGCUUUCCAACGGAUCCGCGACGCAAUUACCGCCGAUCCAGUACUCAUGCUGCCUGAUCCGAGCAAGCCUUUCGAAGUUGAAGCUGACGCUUCGGACUUCGCAAUCGGCGGACAACUUGGUCAGAGGGACAAGGACGGCAAGCUGCACCCAGUUGCGUUCUUCUCCAAGAAACUCGAGGGGCCAAGACUCAACUACCCGAUCCACGACAAGGAGCUUCUCGCGAUCGUCGAAGCAUUUCAGGAAUGGAGACCGUACCUCAGCGGCACGACACACGAAGUCCAGGUGUACACGGACCACAAGAAUCUACGAUACUUCACCACCACGAAGGUGUUGAACGGACGACAAACUCGAUGGGCAGAAUUCCUGUCCGAAUUCAACUUCACGAUCCACUACAAGAAAGGCUCGGAGAACGCACGAGCGGACGCCUUGAGUAGGAGAGCGGAUCACCACGACGACACAUCUGAAGCCUCACCACCAUUGCUACAUCAGCAGACAGACGGAUCGCUACGGCACGCUUCCCAACCGACUGAGGACUACGAGAUCGCAGCACUUCAGCAGCAGUCGGAAGAUCCCGAAGCCAGACCUCUACAACCGUUUGUAGAAUGCUGUGCGGCCUUCAGGGAGCAGAGAUUGGAACGAGAUUUCCAAGGAACCAUCGCGGACGACGAGCGCGAUGCAUGGCAAGAAGAGCCAGAAUCCAAGAUCGCAGGAUUGCGACUUGAAGGAACGAGACUCUGGUACCACGACAAGGCCUACGUCAGGCCCAGCGACCAAAAAGAGCUCAUUCGAAAGAUCCACGAGUCAAGACUCGGAGGACACAUGGGAAUCAGCAAAACAGUCGCAAAAGUCAAACAGAAUUACGACUUCCCAGGAAUCAAGCAAGCGACGGAAGAAGUCCUGGUAGAGUGCGACCUCUGCGGACGAAGCAAACCACGGCCACACAAGCCGUAUGGACUGUUGCAACCAUUGCCAGUUGCAGAACGACCAUGGAGCUCGGUGACGAUGGAUUUCAUCACCAAGCUUCCGACAUCAAAGGACUCAGCGACGGGAACGAAGUACGAUAGCAUCCUCACAGUGGUGGACAGACUCACCAAGUGGAGCUACUUCCUCCCCUACAAGGAGUCAUGGUCAGCAGAACAACUCGCAGACGUGAUCUAUCGCAACGUCACCUCGGUCCAUGGAUGGCCGGAGGAAUGGAUCACGGACAGAGACACAAAGUUCGCAUCAAAGUUUUGGCAAGCUCUGAUGACGAAGCUGGGUACGAGGAGUAAGCUUUCGACAGCUUACCACCCGCAGACGGACGGACAGACGGAGCGACUCAACCAGAUCGUCGAGCAAUACCUGAGAGUGUAUAUCAACUUCCAACAGGACGAUUGGGUCGAGCUGUUGCCAACAGCGCAACUCGCCUACAACACCACCGUCACGGAGACCACGAAGAUUACGCCAUUCUUCGCGAAUUACGGCUACGAAGCGGAUUUGCGACAGGGGCCCGACGUUUCGGUGCCCAGAGCGGCAGUCAAGGCUGACAGAAUGAACUCGCUGCAUGCGAUGCUCAAGGAAGAACUCGAGUUCGUAAGAACCAGAAUGAAGAAGUUCUACGACAGGAACAGGCUCGAGGGACCUCGCCUAGAAGAGGGGGGCAAAGUUUACCUCAUUUCUCGAAAUCUUCGCACGAAGCGACCAAGCAGGAAGCUCGAUUUUCGCAAAAUCGGACCAUUCAAGAUCGACAAGAAAAUUUCGGAGAAUAACUACGCACUCACGUUACCCUCAACAAUGCGACUACGGACCAACGUUUUCCACAUUUCACUUCUGGAGCCAGCGCCCAAGAACGCGCGGCUUGACAAGGGCGCCGAGGCAGAAGACGAGGAAGAACUCUGGGACGUCGAAGAAAUCCUGGACUCGCGCAUCACGAAGGGACGAGUGGAAUAUUUAGUCAAAUGGUUGGGAUUCGGACCCGAAGACAAUUCAUGGCAACCAGCUAUAAACUUCAACUGCCCCGAGGAGUUGGAGGACUUCCAUCGGAGGAACCCGGAUCGACCAAAGGGGGCACGCAGGAGGGGGCUGUCGGCGCAACUUAAGGAUAAAAAGGUUGGCAAGUCUUCCGGGACGGAAGAUCUGGAGGAGGGGCAUCGUGUCACGGUUAUGGUCGCGUACCACGCCCCGAUGGGGGCACGCGCGGGAAGCGUUCCCAGCCAAUCAUUAAGAAUGGGUCUCAGACCAAUCAGCAGAGGAACGAAGGGAACGGCUACCGUUCCCAGGAUCCAGUCUGGAACGAGAGGAACGAUCACCGUUCCUCACGUUCCCAGCAAAAGGUUCGUCACACAAGAUGUCGGCGGCCACAGAAGGCGCUUUGAUUCGCGGCGCUGGCCCCCGGAGCCGCCACCCCGCUCGAUGUUGGUUGACGUCCUCACGGAGAGCGUCAAGUCCCACCAGACAGCGCGUGGAGUCAUUGGCGCUGAGAGCAAGUUUGAGAGGAACAUCCAAACUUGUAACGACAUAAGCCACGGUGGUGCAUUUACCGCUCCACUCGCAUAUCAUUAG